UUCCAUAUCAGACAGCUAUACAUUAGUACUUCUAUUUAUCCAGUUACAUCUAUAGCAACAGGAGAGCAGCUCCCAGGCACUUCAGUACCAGACACAUUAGUACAGUAGUUACAUUUAUCCAGUUACAUCUAUAGCAACAGGAGAGCAGCUCCCAGGCACUUCAGUACCAGACACAUUAGUACAGUAGUUACAUUUAUCCAGUUACAUCUAUAGCAACAGGAGAGCAGCUCCCAGGCACUUCAGUACCAGACACAUUAGUACAGUAGUUACAUUUAUCCAGUUACAUCUAUAGCAAUAGGAGAGCAGCUCCCAGGCACUUCAGUACCAGACACAUUAGUACAUUAGUUACAUUUAUCCAGUUACAUCUAUACAGCACUACAGCGGCUCCUGGACACAAGACAAGCUGGGGUUCUGCACUAAUCAUGGGACAAGGAUUGUCUUCAUUGUUCGGUUGCUGCCUUCCAGUAUCUCAGACCCCUCGAGUACAGGAGAGGCAAAGGAGAGAUGAAGAUAAUGCCAGGAAGGUAUUACAUACCGUGUGCAUCUUCUCCCGAGACGACCAAUCUAAUUAUAACUGGCUAGCAGAAAUAUUGAAUUCCCGCUUUGGAAAUAAUGUGAAGGAAGUGAGACAUUUUUUUAUUUCCAAUAAUGGCUUCCCCAGGUUUAAAGAAGAGGUCUCUAAAUGCACAUUUGCAAUUCUUUAUCAUACCAAGAACCGAGGCAGAAUCAACAUAACAGAUGUAACUGAUUCCCUGUAUGAGGAUGAGCUGGAACAUCUGUUUACUGCGAUUGGGGCAGAAAAUACCAUUAUUGUGAUUGAUGACCUUGAGCAGAGUGACCAACAGGAAAAAGACAGAAUUCUUCAAGAACAAUCCAAAAUUAAAUCUAUGGCUCGGGAUUUGUUCCUUUUUAAUCGCGAAGAGAAGCAAUCGCUACUACGUGCACAAAACAACCAGUUACCAUACGAGAAGGGUUUGCAGGAUAAGAUUCAGCUGAUACAAGAAAUCAUGAGUAAAGGUGUUGGAUUUUCUAUACGUCAUAGCAAGAACUACUAAACCGUUGACGCCAUAGCCAUUUGUAUGAAUGAUGGUUUAUUUUACACUAGAAGUUACACUGGACUAUGAAAACUGAAGUUUCCAAGGCAGGAUAUGGAUUCUCAAUGUUUUAUAAUAAAAAUCAUUAAAUUGCUGGUGUUAUUAGUAUAUGUACAUAAGUAGAUCAUUGCCAAGUGUUUCAAUCGGAAGUUGGAAAACACCUUGUUCAUGUAACAUUUACAUUACUCUUAAUUAUCUAUUUACAGCCAUUAAGUAUUCAUUUUAUACAUCACAUAAAUUCCUCAUUAAUUGGUAUACAUGGGUAUCACACUGAUAAACAGAGCUCCCCUAUCUCAAAAAAAUAUGUACAGUUUCCUCAUUAUAGUGAAAAUAUUACAAUGAUAGCCAAAUAUAAUUACAAAAGAAGAAAUAAAUAUUUCAAUAAUAAACAUAAAUCACAGUAAAUGUUUUAAAUUGUUAGAUAUUAAAAAGAUUUACAUUCACAGCUAUCACAUGCAGAAACGAUUCACAUAGAGAAGCUCAUAUUCUGCAGCAGAGACAUUCAUAUCUGUAAUAAACAAAAUAAAUCCAUUUAUGUACAUAUUUUUAGAAGAGAUACAAAAAUCAUUUAGUGAUAUAUCAACUCAAAUUGGCACCCGGAUGGUUAAAGUUUACUACUCUCAAGAGAUGAUGUAAAACAGUAAAAAUGUGACAAUAAUAUCAUAUAAAAGAUAAAAGAAAAAAACACUGAAUAUAUCUGACACACUAUGGGUGAGAUUACAUAUACGGUGCAGGCUUCAGCGCAACUGCUGAAACCUGCGCCGCCGGUAAUUUCACCUCGCACAUUGGGGAAUUAUAUAAACCCCGCCAGAAGUUCAUAAAGUGCCGUAAGUCGGAUAAAAUAGUGAUGUCCAGAAAUGAGCAUAAAUACAAAUUUCUGUAGUCGCCAGUGACUUAUGGCACUUUAGAAACUGCUGGCACCUAAGAAAAAAAAAAAAAAAAGUAAAAUCUCCCGUAAAAGUCUAACCCGCCUCCCAAAAAUAAACCGGACAUGUAAAACUCCUAUAUACGCCAUCAAACCCAGAUAGGAACUAAUAAUUAAUGUAUUAACUCCAAAACCGACAACCCCCCACAACGCAAUAAGUCUAAUUAAACUAUUAACCCCUAAUCCGCAAUUCACCCACAUUGCGAUCUACCUAAUAAAAGUAUUAAACCCUAAAUCCGCCAACCCCAACAUCGCAAACUACUGAUUAAAAUUAUAACCCCUAAACCGCCAUUAAACCACAUUGCAGCAAACCUUAUAAAUCUAUUAACCCCUAAUCCGCCAAACCCACACAAUGCAAUAAUCCUAAUAAAUCUAUUAACCCCACAUCAGCCAAACCCCCACAAUGCAAAUAACUAAUUAAAUUACUAAAUCCCCUAACCUAACACCCCCUAAAUUAACCCCAAUCACCUAAAUUAAAAAAUACUAAGUUACAAUUAAAAUAUAAAAACCUAAGAUUACAAAAAAUAAAAAUAUAACAUUACAUAAAAUAAUAAACCAAAUGAUCAAAAAUAAAAAAAUUAAACCUAAUCCCAAUGAAAAUAAAAACACCCCCUAAUCUAAUACUAAAAUACCAAUAGUCCCCCUCGAACAGUAAAACCCCCCACCCACCAAAUCCCCCAAAAUAAAAAACCUAACACUAAAAAAACCUAAACUACCCAUUGCCCCUAAAGGGGCAUUUGUAUGGGCAUUGUCGUUAAAAGGGCAUUCAGCUGGGGGGCGUGUCCGACCAUCGACCAAGAUGGCUGCUGUUCAUGCUGUGUCCUAUUAAGGGAGAUGCUAACACUGCUGGUUAUCUCUUCCACACCUCUUAAAUCCUAUAUUCUCCAGAAGAUUUGGGACAAGUAUUAUAUACGGAUCAGAUCUAUAUGACUUUUGCUAUAUUAAUAGGAACAAGCAGACCUGAAUCUAGAAGGUGCGCGGCAGAGGCCUUGAAGCGGCCUGCACCUCUCUUUACCCCCCCAGUACUCUGAUUUUUCAGAUUAUCCAGCCGUUUGUGCUGAAGUACUAUUUCCAUUUAAAGCUUUAAUAUGGCUGAACAGGCAUACCGUUUGGUAGCAGAACUUUUGGUUACACAUCUUACACGUAUUGAGGAGGAGAUGUUAGAAAUCCUACGCUGUCAUGAGAGUCCGACUACAGAAGUGAGUGACCGGAUAAUACUGGGCCAGCCGGGACCUAGACAGUCUUUUUUAUGUCAGGAUCUGUCAGUAGCUGCCGUGAUCUCCCCAGAUGAGCUGGAGACUGUACCUAUUUAUUUUGAGUCCCACUACAGAGACGCAAGCUUGUCACAACAGGGGACAGUCGAGUUGAAAAUGCCUCAGAGAAUACCACUACACAUAGAUCAUAUUAUGCAAGGCCAUGCAACCAUUGCUGACGAGAGCUGCCGUGGAAUACCCGUAUUUUAUACUGCUUACCCAGCGGAAACCCAUUGUAACAUGGAGAACUCAUUAGCUUUGAUCUCCCUAGAUGAUAAGGUUGUGCUGGAGCCCGCUGCGAGGCGGCCGACCGCGGCGGAGAAUGCAGCCCGAUUACUACAUGAAUUUGUGGGGAGCGAAAGCCAAGCUAUGACACAGUGCUCGCAGACCCAGGAGGCGCCAUGGCAACAAUUUAAGAAGCUAAGCACAAAUAUGGAGCUAGUAGCAGUUAAUUUCUGUUUGAAUAGAGUCCCACAGACCCAGGAGACCUUACGGAAGCGAUCUGGGAAGCUGUGGAAGUUUGAGAUCGAUAGAUGGGUGUGGUGGCAUAGCCGUCUGGAACUUUGUGCCUUGCUUGGGGGCCCUUGGGCCUCGAGACAGGGAGUAGGCUAAAGACACAUAAGAGACUCGGGAUUGGAGCUAUCCCUCAUAUGCUGAGACGCAGAGUGAACAAUUGGCAAGACAGUAUGUUUAAAUAGAGGCACUUAUAUAUGGCCUAACUUUAACUUAAAAUGUACGUCUUUAUAUUUCCCUUUCUUGUCCCACCCGCUAGAUACUAUAUGGUUUCCUUGUAUCAGGCUCACUGGAUGCACUGGGUCAGAGUCCUAGUUCUUUUUGUUACGACUUUUUAUAGUUUUAAAAUACACCAUCCCUAUAUGUUAAGUAGCUUGGUAAAAGGUAUAUCCACACAUGUGUAUUGGUAGCCUAUGUCUAGACCCUAUGGUUUUUUUUUUUUUUUUUUUUUUUUUUUUUUUUCAUGUUGGAGGUGCUAGAAGAAUGAGCUGUCUGUCUUGGCUAUAUCAGAUGUCAAUUUUGCUUGCUCCUAGGCUACACUAUUAUGACAUAAUAGGGGACUAUACCUUAAGCACUGUAACUAUAUGGACAAUUAAUUCUGUUAGGCAUGUUUAACAAUGAUUGUUUGUGAGUGUACUAUGCACCCUAUAUAUCGGUAUCCUUUAAUGUUAUUACAUCAUAACCAUUGAAAUAGUUAAUAUAGUUAGAAUAGUAUGAGAUACUCAGAGAUAUCCUAGGCAGCUGCCUUUUCAGACUAUCAGGUUACAGUGCAGAGAACUCACAUUUAGUCAAUACACUAGUCACAAGGCUCCUGUUUAACCUGUAUGAUAAGUUUUAUAAGCGAGUUCUAUGUUUAUGUCCAAUGACCCAUUGAUAGCCCCUAACCCUACUUUAAAUACUCCACCGGUUGGGGUUAUCCCCAGUAUAUAUAAGUAUAAGAAUAACCAAUUUAGCUUCUUAGCGGUCCUAACAUCCUAGCCUCCUAAGUAACUCAUCAUUAAAUAAUGACAGUAUUGGACUAUGUAUAAUGCUCAUAUUAAUGUAUUGUUGUAGUUGCAGCCUUAACCUUAGCAAGCUUUUACCAUAUCUUUUUACAAUGGUCCAUGAGUGACCUUGGUAUCACUAUAUUUCCUCCCCUGGGUCAUCAAAACUUUACUGAGUCCAUGAGCGGCUCUGUGUAUAUUUGGAGGAAUUUUUUAAAUUGUAAAAUGAGGUAUCAUUAUCAUAUAAUAAUGCGUGCAACUCUGAGCUUUUAUGGAUAAUCAUUUAUUUUUAUGUUUUGUUUUACAAAGGCCCAAAAGUGGUCUUAUAUUUCCCACCUUCUGUAACAUACCCUUAUUAGCGACCAGGGGUCCAAGAGUGGCCCAGCUAGUCCUGAACAGAAGGUUUAUAUCAAAAAGAAGAAAAAUGAGGUUCAAGUUGAUAUUGUGUGUCACUUUUUUGCAUACCAUUAAGCUAGUUUAUCUAUACUGGUCUAUACCCAUAUUGCAUGAAUAUUGUUUUUAUUUUCUAGUUCUUACUUGUACUAGAUUAGAAGUAAGACAUUGGUAUGUAACCUUACCAUUUCUUUAUGUUUGCUUUUUGCCUUUUACUUUGUAUGAUUAUAAACCUCAAUAAAAAAAAAAAAAAAAAAAAAAAAAAAAAAAGGGCAUUCAGCUCUUUUAAGAGUGCCCAGAAAUCCCUAAUCUAAAAAAAAACAAACCCCCAAAAAAUAAAAAAAAGCCUAAGUCUAACCACCCAAAUAGGUACUCACCAUUCCUGAAGAACGGCGGAGAAGGUCCUGCUCCAGACGGUGAAGUCUUUUUCCAAGCAGUCGACAUCUUUUUCCAAGCGGAGACCUCUUCAUUCUUCAUCCAGGACCAAUCCGGCGUGGAACGGAGAUGAGCGCGGAGCAGGACCGGCGGCCAUGGAGCGUGUAGGAGCACCUUCGUACGAUUGUUGCCUCAUAACUGGUGUUUCUGGCCAGAAACACGGGCCCUCAAGCUCCAUACGGAGCUUGAUAGACAAGCCCCCAAAACUGCGAUGUUGCAUAUGUAAUCUUGCCCUAUGGGCCCGAUAUCCAAAGGUUUGCUGCUAAAGGAACAUUCUUCUGUGGAAGACACAGAAGAUUAGGGGAUUGUAUUUAGAAAGAAACAAAAACAUUAGACUCACUCCAGCUAUAAGAGCAAAUUAAACAAUCUAAUAUCAAGUAAAGAGAAGCCUGCGUGUAAAUUGUAACAAGUAAUUAGCUUGACCUAUUUGUUGUAAAUCAUGGUCUUAAUAGGGAUUAUUAGUAAAGGGAAAUCCUUGUGAUUAAUUAAUAAAGGUGUAUAUGAAAUAGGGAUUAUUAGCAAAGGGAAAUCCUUGUGAUUAAUUAAUAAAGGUGUAUAUGAAGAUACAUGUUUAAAAAAAUAGUAUGCUCUUAAACAAAGGAUACAAAGAAAACAAAGCAAAUUUGACAACAGAAAUAAAUUGAAAAGUUGUUUAAAAUGCUUUAUUGGAAUCUGAAAAUGUUACUUUUGUAUUUACUGUUUCUUUAAUAAUUAACUGGAUAAUACAUAAGUAAUUUCUGAUCAUUUUCUACACUAUACUCACUGAAUAAAGCCAGAACUGUGCAUUUUAUGUCUAUUUCACUAAUAAUUUUAUAUAAUCCGUAUAAUGAAAUAAUAAAAAACAAUAUCAAAUAUUAGAUUGAGGUUUUGUUUAAAGUGCUUACAAUAAUUUAUUGCAUGUAAUAACUAUAUAUAUAUAGUUUAUCCUUCCCUAUAUUGUGUAUGUGUAAUGUUUUUUGUUUUAUUGAUGUGAUGAGGGUGAAUGCCCCAAAAACACUGUGUAUUUGGGCAAAUAAAGAAUAAAAUAAAUUUUACAAUAAUGCAGAA